GUCACUGAUCCCAUAAAAGAAAUCAGUCUCAGCCAGCGAUAGUGUCCUGCUCAAGCCAACAGACAUGUCGGAAUUUCUGGAGGACCCGUCUGUGCUCACUAAGGAUAAGCUUAAAAGUGCACUGCUGGCGAAUAAUGUGGCUCUGCCGAACGGCGAACAGAGGAAGGACGUGUACGUACAGCUAUACUUGAAGAAUCUGACCGCGCAAAACAAAAAGAGCAGCGGCGCUCCUGAUGUCUUCUCCAGCGACGAGGAACUGCUUCCAGCCCCCGUGGUCUCCAACAGGAGCCGCUCUGGAAGGAAAGCCACCAGGAAAACCGACAAAGUUCGUCCUGAGGAUGUUGAUGUCACUGAACUGAGCAACGAGGGUUUGAAAGACCUGUUACUGAAGUAUGGCCUGAAUGCUGGACCCAUUGUUGCAUCCACUCGGAAGGUUUACGAGAAGAGGCUUCAGAAGCUGUUGGAUCAAGGUCCUCCUGAGACUGUGGCUCCUCCCUCAGAGACAUCACAAACAGACGGCAGCCAGAACGGCAACACAGACUCAGACCAGUACAGCGACAAGGAAGAAGAAACGGUAGCUCCAGCCCCUGUGUUUGUGCCCGAACCUGAGCCGGACGUAGAACCCGAGCCGAUCCCAGUUGUGGAGAGACCUGUCAGGAGCAGAGGGAAACUGCCCGUGACCAGCAGAACACGCAGUGGCCAGCACAACAGGGAUGAUGAGGAAGACGCGCAGGAGGAAGAUUUGCCGGUUUUGAACAUUAAGAGAAAGUUGAAAAGAGCUUCUCACAGGCUGGAUCAGAUGGUUCCUGCAAGCGACGACACUGAGAACUCUGAGCUCUCGUCUGCAGAACACUUUCCUGUUUCUCAAGACAGGAGGAGAACAGGACCUGUGGCAGAAAGAAAAGAGUCCAGACCUUUGCUCAAAGACAGGACGUCAAAGCUCUCAUCUAAGACGGAGUCUCUGAGACGGCGCAGCGCACCAGUCCGCUCAUUUCGGCCUGAUUUGAAUGAGGUUCCUGUCACUGAUAAGGACUUCUCUGAGCACUCAGUGUUGAAAGAGGUCUCUGUUCCUCUGGUGAGGAUGAAAGCACAAGCUUUGGCAGAACCAAAGGAUCCCAAACACUCAAAGCGCUCCUCCAUGUCUGCGACUGACUGGUUGGAAUCACUAAAAUGUCUCGACUCUCCUUACAAGUCUGGUUUAAAUGGCGCCACUCCUGUUGACAAGUUUGAUGAGAAAGCUGCUGAAAGCGGUUCUCCUCUGAUUAGACCUUCAAAUCGAGAGCCGCUAGUUUCCCUGCUUAAUACUGCUUGUGUUGAGGUGGAUAGCCAGGGUAUGCAGAACAUGCUGAGCUGUAAAUCAUCUGCCCGUGCUCCUGUGGUACAGGAAGUCAAAUCUGUCACUGUAUCGAAGCUCUCAAAGCCUCAUUUGAGUCAAAACAAACCAUCCAAAUCCUUAAUAGACAUGGUGAGCCGCCUUUCACCUUCCUGUGAUGGCCAAAGAGAUGUUUUCCCAUCACACUCAGUUUCUUUUAGGGAUACUGCGUCCCGUAUGGCUGAGGACUCUCUUCCUGUCUUGUAUGACAUUUCCCAGGAGAGCUUUGGCUCACCAAAGACUGAGCCCAAGACUAGACAGUCCAAAAUAACACCUUUCUUUUCCCAAAUCACUCCUGUCCGAGAAUUGGACCGAAUUGAUAGCAGCCAGAUGGAGACGCCAAAGACAGCGACGGUUGAAAAGGUGUCAGCUAUUGAUCAGACUCCGCGGACGGUAGAGAGAGAUGUGCUUAAAGAUAUCUUUCCCACUGAAAACCUCAACACCCCUACUGGAAUCAGUGCCACCUGUCGUCGACCAAUCAGAGGAGCAGCUGGCAGGCCCCUGGUUGGUGACACAUGGCUGGACGAAUCCCGUCUCCGUCUUAAGGAGCUCAGAGAAACCAGCUUCUCCUCCUCCUCCACCUACACAGAGACCCGAUCCGUUCCACGUGUGGCCGCCGUCCCUCUAACCGCUUCCAAGCCCGUGGCGCCCCCUGCUGUGAAGACCAGAGCACGACGCAGCCUGCCGGUGUGGGUGCAGCUUCUGCUGCUCAGUGUGGUCGCAGGAUUCCUAUUCUUUAUCUACCAGGCCAUGGAGACUAAUGAGAUUGGACUCUUCAAGCAGAGCGGAGCAGAUGAGAGCACCAGCAAAUGAAUGUCAUGCGCAUCACCCCACACUUUGCCCUCUUUAUCAUACUCAGCCAGUACGUCUCUUUGUCGAUCCAGCAGCCGUGGACUUUUACCUGCGAUCUUUAUGGAUUCAUACAAAGACAGAAAUGCAGAGCUUUUGCAUCAUAUGUCUGCUUAUGGCUCUUUUCCAAAUGAACCGGUUUAGAGGAAUGAAAUGUUUUAAUUUUAAAACAGUGACUUUUCUUGCCUUUGUAUGUUUGUUUGUUUUUCAUUUGUACUUUAUUUUACAGAUUAAUGUUGGUGCUGUCCAUGAAUGGGAGUCUGAGUUGAAGUGUUGAAGGAGUUGGCUAAAUACACUUGUUUAGUUUGUAAACUACAUUUAGCUCUACUUGUGACAAUAUUUUUGCAUUUAUUCUCACAUGUAGCUCUUUAAAGGUGCCGUAUCCAUCUAAACAUUGGUGCCCCUUGUAGUAUUUAUGUAUGUUGUCGGGAUACAAAUAUUUUCAAUAAACUGUUUUGCAAUGUAAGGUUAUUUUAAUAUUUUUAUUAUUUUAUUAUCAGUUGAAUUUUUAUUUCAGGAUCUUGGAGUUACAAGUAGUUUUAUAAAAUGUUAAUUAAUUUGAACAGCCUAAUAACACAAAUUGAGAGUUUGCAACAAAAACUGGGUUGUCUAGUUAAGAAGAUUUUGAAAAACAUGCUCUAUCCACCUUAUUUUUCCUGUGAGAGCGGGUCUUGUCCACGUCCAGCUAUUUUUAGCUGUACAAAACGGCUAGUUUUUGUUAAUAAAAUUGGUGUGUCUUACCAUAUUAUUUUCAUAUAUUAUCUUAAUUACGAACACACUGGUUUGUAGUACAAACAGUUUUACCAUUUACUGCACAUUAUUAUUCUCGUUUUAUCCCUGUAUUGGCUAAUGAACCGGAAUGAGCCUAUAGGCUUACUUCCUCGUUGAAGAAUAAUAAGGUGGAUAAAUUGUCACUAUUAAAAGUUAAAGUCUGGGUAAAGGCAAUUCAGAGAAUUGUUUCUAAACACAUAAACGGCAAAAAUGUGUUGUUGAAAACACGUUACAAA